GGCGCUGCGCGCGGCCCGCCGUUACCGCUGGAGGAGCCGGGCCUCCGAGAGUCGCCGCUGUGGGCGGCGGCGGCGGGGGCGGCCGCCAUGGCGAGCGUGCACGAGAGCCUCUACUUCAACCCCAUGAUGACCAAUGGCGUGGUGCACGCCAACGUGUUCGGCAUCAAGGACUGGGUGACGCCGUACAAGAUCGCCGUGCUCGUGCUGCUGAGCGAGAUGGGCCGCGCGGGCGGCUCCGCCAUCGGCCUUUUGGAGCGGCGGCGGCUCAACCAGCUCUUGCUGCCGCUGCUGCAGGGGCCUGAUAUGACGCUGACUCGGCUACACAAGGCAAUCGAUGAGUCCUGUCCACAGUUGGCAAAUUCGGUUCAAAUCAGAAUCAAGCUGAUGGCUGAAGGGGAGCUGAAGGACAUGGAGCAGUUCUUUGAUGACCUUUCUGAUUCCUUUUCUGGAACUGACCCUGAGGUUCACAAGACAAGUGUCGUAGGUUUAUUUCUGCGCCACAUGAUCUUGGCCUACAAUAAGCUUUCUUUCAGUCAGGUGUACAAGUUGUACACGGCCCUGCAGGAGUACUUCCAAAAUGCAGGGAAAAAAGCAGCUGUGGAAGAGGCAGACAUGGACCUGACCAGCCCCGAAGGGCAGCUUGUGGGUGUGAUGGAAAGGGAAGAUCUGGACGUGCCUUCAAGAGAGGAGGAAAUCUCUUGCAGUGGGCCUCUUUCCCAGAAGCAAGCGGAAUAUUUUCUUUCCCAACAGGCAUCUUUAUUAAAGAAUGAUGAGACGAAAGCACUCACUCCGGCUUCUUUACAGAAAGAAUUGAAUAACUUGUUGAAAUUUAAUCCUGAUUUUGCUGAAGCGCAUUACUUAAGCUACUUAAACAGUCUUCGGGUCCAAGAUGUUUUCAGUUCUACACACAGUCUUCUCCAUUAUUUUGACCGCCUGAUUCUCACGGGAGCUGAGAGCAAAAGCAAUGGGGACGAAGGUUACGGGCGGAGCUUGAGAUAUGCUGCCCUCAAUCUGGCCGCCUUGCACUGCCGAUUCGGACACUACCAACAGGCAGAGCUCGCCCUGCAGGAAGCGAUCAGGAUUGCCCAGGAGUCCAACGACCACGUGUGUCUCCAGCACUGCUUGAGCUGGCUCUAUAUCUUGGAACAGAAGAGAUCAGAUAGCUGUGUUCUGUUGGAACAUUCAGUGAAGAAAGCCGUGCAUUUUGGGCUACCGUAUUUAGCAUCCCUUGGGAUCCAGGCCUUGGUCCAGCAAAGAGCUUUUGCUGGGAAGACAGCGAGCAAGCUGAUGGACGCCCUGAAGGACUCGGACCUUCUUCACUGGAAGCACAGCCUGGCGGAGCUUGUCGACAUCAGUCUGGCCCAGAAGACAGCUGUAUGGAGGCUCUAUGGGCGCAGCACCAUGGCUCUCCAGCAGGCCCAGACUCUGCUUAGCAUGAACAGCCUGGAGGCCUUGAACCUGGGUGUGCAGCAGAGCAACACCGAAUCAUUUGCAGUGGUGCUGUGUCACCUGGCCGAGCUCCAUGCUGAGCAGGGCUGUUUGGCUGCUGCUUCUGAAGUACUAGAGCACUUAAAAGAAAGGUUCCCGCCCAACAGUCAGCACGCACAGUUGUGGAUGCUCUGUGAGCAGAAAAUACAGUUUGGAAGAGCUAUGAAUGAUGGUAAAUACCACGUGGCAGAUUCUCUCGUAACAGGAAUCACGGCCCUUAACAGCCUAGAGGGAGCCUACAGGAAGGCAAUUGUCUUACAAGCCCAGAACCAGAUGUCGGAGGCUCAUAAGCUUCUCCAGAAGUUGUUGGUUCAGUGUCAGAAGAUGAAGAACACAGAAAUGGUGAUUAGCGUUCUGCUGGCCGUGGCGGAGCUGUACUGGAGGUCUUCUUGCCACACCAUCGCCCUGCCCGUCCUGCUGCAAGCAUUGGCUCUGUCCAGGGAGUACCGGCUCCAGUACCUGGCCUCAGAGACUGUGCUGAGCUUGGCUUUCUCCCAGCUUAUCCUUGGAAUUCCUGAGCAGGCCUUGAACAUUCUCCAUAUGGCCAUUGAGCCCAUCUUGGCAGAUGGGGCUGUGCUGGACAAAGGGCGUGCUAUGUUUCUGGUGGCCAAGUGCCAGGUUGCUUCUGCUGCUUCCUAUGAUCCCCAGAAGAAAGUAGAAGCUUUGGAGUCAGCCAUCCUGAACCUCAACGAAGCCAAGAGUUACUUUGCAAAAGUGGACUGCAAAGAGCAAAUCAGAGACGUUCUUUACUUCCAGGCGAGGCUCUACCACAUGCUGGGGAAGGCCCAAGAGAGGAACAGAUGCGCCAUGCUCUUCCGUCAGUUACAUCAGGAGCUUCCGGCUCAUGGGGUGCCCUUAGUCAACCACCUCUAGCCCAAGGACAGCCGAUGCUGGCUUUGUGGCGAAUGUUUUCUUCUCCUCACCUUUAAAUGAUGUAUUUUUUGUGUAUUAUUGGAAUCCCCUUAUCAAUAAAAAGACUGCCUUCAGUUUA